AUGGCAUCUCCUGUGACUAUAACCAAUCGACCGCGAGAGGAUAUAAAAGUCGUCUUUGAUCAUGAGCUCACCAAUGCACCGGGCAAAUCAAUCAUCGGACUUCGCCUGAACUAUCCUCCCGAUGGUUUUACCCCUCCACAUCGACAUGGCGGUGCAACUGUUGUCGCCCAUAUUCUCUUAGGCGAGCUCUUGAGUGGCAUGAACGGCAAUCCGCCCAGGGUUUACAAACCGGGGGAAUCUUUCGUCGAAUUGCCUGGAUGUCAUCACACCGUGGGAGAGAAUAACAGCAAAACUGGGUCGACUCAGGCUCUCGCCAUCUUUGUGGUGGACACUGAAGUGGUUAAGGCCGGCGGUUAUGCAGCCUUGACGGUGCUUGACGAGGGAUGGUAG